UGGGCAAUUUCACAACACUAUUCCUAAAAGUUGGAUUUUUCCUUCAGAGAAGUGAAAUAUUUAUCUUUUGGCUUGGAAAUGGAAGAAACAGUUGACGAAAGUGAAUAUCUAGUAGAAUGGAAUCGUUUGGCUACAUUUAAAAACUGGCCUAAUCCAAAUAUAUCUCCACAAUCAUUGGCAAAAGCUGGUUUCUAUUAUUUAAACCGUUCGGAUCAAGUGAAAUGUGCCUGGUGCAAGGGCAUCAUUGCCAAGUGGGAGGAGCAAGACGAUGCUUUUGAGGAGCACAAACGGUUCUUCCCCGACUGCCCACGUGUGCAACUGGGUCCACUUAUAGAGAUGGCAAGCAAUGGCAUGCGCGAUUUGGGCAUACAACAGAUUUCUCCACCGAAAAAGCCAAAAUUCUCCUCAUUAGACUCGCGGCUCAGGACCUACACUGAUUGGCCCAUUCCCGACAUACAAAAACCCGAGGCGCUGGCACAGGCUGGUCUGUAUUAUCAAAACGUUGACGAUCAAGUGCGCUGUUUUCAUUGCAAUAUGGGAUUGCGUUCAUGGCAACGCGAAGAUGAUCCAUGGUUUGAGCAUGCAAAGUGGUUUCCACAGUGCCAAUUCGUGCGACUAGUUAAAGGUGCCAACUAUAUACAGCAUGUGCAGGACUUAACGCGUCAAUCUGGUCAUCAACCACAAAGCGAGAUGACCAUUGAUGAAGCCAUGAACACCGGACCCGUUCUGCAGGCACUGGAAAUAGGUAUCGAUGGCGGCUCAAUACGAAAUGCAACACAAAGGCAACUUUUAGCUGUUGGACGACCCUACGACACAGUUGAAGAUUUAAUAAAGGCUGUAUUUGGGGAUCCUGAAGACACCGAGCCAAACUCAAGCAGACAGUGCGCAGAAGGAGUGAACACCUCUUUGGAGCACGAAGUCUCGCGCUUAAUAAAUAUUAUGGACGAAACGUUGAGCCGCAACGAUGGGCAACAAAAUCAGCAAUAUGCCGCUGAAAUAAAUGCGCCAAGCUGUUCGGCAGCUUCGACAAAUGUCUUGCCAGAGAAAAGUGCUGGUGACACCACAAAAAUGGCCGAAAGCGAGAAUAAGAACGUGAAUAUAAACGCAAACGAACAAACAAUUGAACCGUCGUUAAGUAGAACGCUAUCGCUGGAAGAGGAGAAUCGAAAACUCAAGGAUGCACGACUGUGUAAAGUCUGUUUGGAUGAGGAGGUUGGCGUAGUAUUUUUACCAUGCGGUCAUUUGGUCACUUGCGUACAGUGCGCGCCAGGCGUUGGCCAAUGUCCCAUGUGUCGCGCAGAUAUUAAAGGUUUUGUUCGCACUUACCUAUCGUAAAUAGCUGAACAUUCACAAUUUAUUUCCUGUCACAAUGUGUUAUAUUUAAUUUAUUACUAUGGUAGUUGAUAUUAAAUUUGCUUUAGUACAUACAUACAUAUAUACAUAUAUAAAUGUUACAAUAUAGGUAGGAAUGGUGAAGUACGUAUUAUCGAAUGAUUUAACAUACAGACAUACAUAUAAUAUAUAGACAAUGUUAAAAGGAAAGCUUUUUACUAAUCAUUGGAUGAUAAACUAAACUCUUUUUUAAACUAAAUACCUAUCUACCUUGCAACAAAAUCAAAUAAUGUAGCUUGUCUGUUAUGUUUUUCGAGUUUUUAAUGAAUAUCGAAUGUAAUUUAUCGAAAUGAUGUGUUUUUUCUUUAGUGUAUUUUAUGUGAAAGUAAAAAAGGUUAUGAAAUACAUAAAUACAAAAUAUAUGUUCAAAAAAACAA